CUGAAAAUCUGUAUUUGUGUUCAACAAGAUGGAAACUGAGAACCCUGCCGCAGAUCAGCUUCCAGAGGCAGAAUCGUUGCCAGAUGGUUUCAGCUCAACCACUGACCCACUGCCACCCCCACCUCACCACUUAAAUGCAUCUCACCAUACCAACUCUAAGAAAUUACAUCCCAACAUGGAGGACUCUGGAGGAGACCCGAGCCAAACUAAUUCAGCUCUCAAGGAGACAUCAUUACCAGGGAGUGUUGAAAACAAAAAAGUAGAAGCCUCUGAAACCAAACGGAAGACGGUAAAACGUACCUUUAAGUCUGAAAAAGAGUUUUUGGAAUUCACUUUGAAGUAUCAGCAGGUUCUUGCAGAAAGAGAUUCAGCUAUUGCUGUUCGGGAUAAAUUGGAGUCAUUGUGCCGUGAGUUGCAGCGCCAAAACAAAGUAUUAAUGGAAGAAUGCAAACGGGUGUCAUCCGAGGGUCAAAAUCUGAGGCUGGAUCUUUCGAACAAGUUUCAAGAUGCAAUUAAGGACGUAAGCAACAAGCUGGAAGAGCAAAAAGAUGAAUGUCUAUUGCAGUUGAAGGAGAAUGAGAUGUUAAAGAGCAAGUUGAAUCAACUUGCAGAUCAGUAUACUCUCUCUGAACAGCAAUUUGCAAACAAGAUGAAGCAAAAGAGUCUUGAACUUCAGCUUGCUGAUUUGAAAAUUAAGCAACACGAGGAGAAAUCACAGCAGGAACAGUCCCAAAUGAAAAUUUAUGCUGACCAAGUGUCACAAUUACUGGCAACGGAGAAGAACUUGCGGUUGCAAUUGACAGCCGAUGGAGAAAAGUUCCAGCAGUUCCAGGAAGCUUUGCUGAAGAGCAAUGAGGUUUUUGAAACGUUUAAGCAAGAUAUUGAGAAGAUGGCAAAAUCAAUAAAAGAACUCAAGAAGGAGAAUGCUUUCUUGAAGGCCAAAUGUGACAAGUCAGAUGUUUCUCUUAUAGAACUUGCUGAAGAGCGUGAAUUCUUGAAGAAACAGUUGGAGAAAACAAGGAACCAGAAAGAGAAGCUUGAAGCAUUGUGUAGAUCGCUUCAAGCAGAAAGGAAAGCACAUUCAAUAGCUUCCAGCAACUCAGAUUCAGUUAAAACUUGAAGAUUUCUGUAUAUUAAAUCACAGCAUGAAGGUUUUGGCUGCACAUAUUGAAUCAAGAAACGAUCCGUCAGAUUCACUCUUUUGUUCUAUUCUUGCUACUAUUUCUAUUUUUGUUGCAGGGAAGGAAGCAUUUUCAAUUUGUUACCACUAACUUGGUACCAAGUGACAAUAGAUUACCCAGAACCAUCUUGUAGGGGAGAAUGUUGUUUUCCUUGAUUUACCAAGCGUAUGUUGAAUGAAUCCAUUUAAUCUCUUUGCUCAUUUCUUUUAAUUUUCAAGUUUGAGCGAUCCUAUUAUU